UUUUAGGGGUCGACGCGCAAAUCUUCCGAUUCAUUUACCUGUGAGAACUAGAAGGGGGGUAUGGCCGUUUGUCCGAAAACUCAGACAACUGGGAAGUGUGAACGAAUGGAAAACGAAGAAGAGAAAGCAGAGGAAAAGGAAGAAAGAAAAACCUAUCAACUCUGAUUAAUUACUGCGUACAUCUCCUUCCUUUCCUCCCCCUCCCCCCAAUUCAUUCAAUCCGACAAGAAAGAAAGAAAGAGAGAAGCUGCGGCAAGCUUCCUCCUCUUCUUCUUCCCCCCGAACUCGGCGAAGGCACGAGAUUAGGGUUUCAAAUCUGAAUCGCGGAGAUGAUGCUCGGGGGAGGGGGAGGGAGGGGGAGGGAGGAGAGGGUGCCGCAGUGGGGCCCGCAGGAGACGAGGGAGCUGAUCGGGAUAAGGGGGGAGCUGGAGCGCCACUUCUCGGCGUCGAAGCGCAACAAGACGCUGUGGGAGGCGGUGGCCUCCCGCAUGCGGGACAGGGGCUACCGCCGCACCCCCGACCAGUGCAAGUGCAAGUGGAAGAACCUCGUCAACCGCUACAAGGGAAAGGAGACAUCUGAUCCAGAGAACGGCAGGCAAUGCCCCUUCUUUGAAGAGCUCCAUGCGGUCUUCACUGAGCGUGCCAGAAACAUGCAGCGCCAGCUUCUCGAAUCUGAACACCCUGGAGGUCCCUCUUCUACUCUGAAGAAGAAACCCAAGAGGUCUGGCGGCGACAGAUCCUCCGAUGAACUAUCUGAUGAAGACAAUGAUGAAGAGGAGGAAGAAGAAGGAGACAGUGGUGACGAACGCCCUGCAACAAGCAGAAAGAGAAAAGCUGAAAGGGAUAAACCAAAAGGCGCGACUUCUUCUACAAGCAACAGCAUCCAUGAUCUGCUGCAGGGCUUUCUGCAACAGCAGCAGAGGAUGGACGUGCAGUGGCGGGAGAUGAUGGAACGGAGGGCUCACGAGCGGCUUUUGUUCGAGCAGGAGUGGCGGCAGUCCAUGGAGAAACUGGAGAGAGAAAGACUGAUGAUGGAACAAGCAUGGAGGGAGAGGGAGGAGCAGAGGAGGAUUAGAGAGGAGAUGCGGGCGGAGAAGAGGGACGCGCUCUUGACCACUCUGUUGAAUAAACUCUUGCAAGAUAAUCUAUAAUGAAGAAAUGAAAUAAGAAAUGAAGGUGCUGUUUCUAUGCAGUACCCUUUUCUGGUUAGUUUGUAUGGAUCUCUCUAUUUUCUCGUGUUACAUUACAUAGAUACAGAUUGAUUUAAUAUAAUUUAUAGAGUUCAUAAACUGUGUUAUCCGGCCAUUUAUCCACAUCUUUAUUCAUGAAACAUGCUGAAAACCAAAACAUCAGAUCAAUAUGUAUUUGCCAGAUAAAUGACAUGUAAGGUAUAUACUGCUAAAACGACAGGUGCAGACACUUUGUGCAAUCAGCUGAGGAAAUAGAUCUGUGGCGAAUAUUUA